AGCUUCCUCGUCCUUGUCGCCGCGCCCUAGUCCGUGCUGCGUAUUCUUUUCUCCCAGGAUCCUGACGUGUUAGAAGCCUCGCCGGCUCCUUCAUGAGAUCACGUCUUGCAAGCUACUAUUCCCGAGCUUCGCUCUGCAGGCUGCUGCCAAGCCCACGCGUAACAGAUCCGCCUGCAAAGCCUGCUUCCAUUCUCCCGGGCCUGUUCUUGUUGGCCUUCGUGGCCAGCGUGUCCCUACUCAUAGUGUUUGCACGCUUCUUCUUGGGUGCGGGCGGCAUGUACUGCAACACGGCGGCCUGCGGCGAGUUCGCUCGUCUUCUGAAGAGCUCGAUCAACCAUUCUAUUGAUCCGUGCGACAGCUUCGGCUCCUUCGUCUGCCACGGCUGGCGUCAGCAAAACCCGUACUCGGUUCGUGAAAAGCACUACCGCGCCACGCUAGCCUACAUCUCUCGCCUCACCCAGUCAGAGCAGAUUCUGCUAGUCCGCCAGAGCGCGCUGCAGCAAGUCGCCACUUUCUACCGCAGCUGUAGUGAGCAUGCCGUCUCUGGACGCAACGACACUCAGCUGGUCAAGUCAUGGCUCGUCGACGCUGGCGUAGUGUGGCCCGCGUGGCCCACCAAUCCCAACGUCCUUGACACACUCACUUACCUCGCGCUCCACCUCGGCUGGUCCAGCGUGAUCGACAUCGAGGUCGAGAGACCAGGCCGGCAGAGUGCCGUCAUCACCCUCAAACGCUCGCUCAGCUUCUUCUUGGUAAGCAGCCAUAAUAUGUCAGCACCUGACCAGCGCAGGCUGUUUAAAACACUUCGAGAAGCCUUUCAACCGAAUGAGGAUACGACGCGCUCUCGUUUAGUGACGUUCGCAGACAUCGCCCGUAUCGAGAGAGAUAUGGUAACCGAGCUCGUCAGUGCCUCAACUCAUCGCCAGCAGUUGUCACUGGGAGAAGCACAACUCUACCGAAGCCCCAGCGAGUGGAACGCCACCGUCGCCCGUCACACGCGCACUGGCACCGCUGUCUCAUUCCGAACCACGCACCCUCUCUUCUUCUUGGAAUUCGCGCGUCUGUGGCGCCAACACGGCGAAAGAGAGGUGCAUCUGCUUGUGUCCUGGCACGCGGUGCGGUUCGCAGCCUACUUCGCGCACGCGAAUUUGACGAAUAGCUACAGCUCCGGCGAGAACGAAGAUAAGUUUCACCGAGACAAUUUCUGCAUAGUCUUGCUGUACGCAACUCUGGGCGAUGUUGUGUUCGCCUCCUACAGCAACCUGGUGUUCUCUGGUCCCGUGCGUCAAGAUGUGAAGACCUUAGUGCUGUCAGUGCGCGAGACAUUUGCGCAACUCCUGAGCGCGGACUCUAAAUUCGCCACUAGAGUGUCUGCGUUAGCUGGCUGGAGCUUCGUCGACCACGUCUUCGCCAUACUGGACCGAGGGAACAGCGAACUCGCCCAUGCGCCGCUGCCAGGAGUGCCGGACUUCGGAGGCGUGUUCGCCAUCAACUGGCGCUCGGCCAUACGUUCCUUGCAGCGAGCUGAGACGCCUCUGAAGCGUUCACUCUUCCCCGAGACGCUCAAUCGCGCGAGCCUCUUCGAGAUCAUUCCCGAACUCCGUGACUUCGUGCUUUUGCCUUCGGCGCUCGCUUUCCCGAUGUAUGACGCGGCAGCCACUGCCGCCAUAAAGUACGGUGCCCUGGGCAGUCACGUGGCACAAGCGUCAGCACGCAUCUUUCUCGCCCCACUCUUUGGUAACGACACUGAUACGUCCGAUGAACUACGCCAGUUUCUGACCGAUUUGCGCGAUUGCCUUCAGCAAGACGCAGCGCUGCCGUAUCCGCCCGCUGCUCUCAAACUCAUGGAAGACCUGUUUGCACUGUCGUCUCUGGUGGAAGCCUUCUUUUCAGCCGAAAAGAAGGACAAUCGAAUGCUGCAUGAUCUACCGGCAUUGUCCUCGACGCAAUUGUUCUUUGCUACCUGGUGUUUUAUGCGCUGCACGGGUUCCCAGUCGGCAGGUGGCAACGUGGAUCCAUGUUCUCCUGCUCUGCGCCACGUGAAGGGUUUCUCCGACGCCUUCGAGUGCGCUAAGAACACCGGCCUCAACCCAGCUCGCCGCUGCGAACUUUUCUGACAUCUUACAAAAAUUAUGAUCAAUUAGAAAACUCGUAUCGAAUUGCUGUCCUGAAUAUAGAUAACGCUGCACGGACAACUAAAGAAAAGGGACGUAGACGUUUCCUGUCCAGAAAUGAACACCAAAAGGAACAUUUUGAAUGAUAUUGAUAAACCACAGCAUCAUGAUAAAUUGGGAUAAGCUGAACAGUACGCGAUAGUCCAUACCCAUUCCACUUUAUGGUGUACCAAGGUCCAAUGUACUCGCGUCCUGCUUUUCUUUUUUUUCACACGGUUAUUUCUUUAUUUAUUUUGCUGCGUCUUGCGGAUUAUUAAGCACUUGAUAUACACAACGCGAAAAUAUGGCACCUGGUGUCGUGGACAACUCAAAUUGUAGAAUCUCAGUGUUCCGUAAAAUGUUUUCCGUCAAUCCA